GUUGAAUUGGUUCAUGGGUCAAUUAGAAAUCCAAUGUUAUUUGCGUGACACUGUUCCUACCAUUUUGUUUGCCAUGCUACUGUAAACGAGCUCCUUUCUCACCGAUACUCCCUUGCUCCCAUAGAUGCCGAAUCCUCAUCCUGACCCGUCUCUGUCUUCCUUCGACGAACCUGCGUCAAACAAGAAUAGUUCUGCGGGUGAGAGCCGCGAUUCGGGUCCUGACCCUGUCUUGACUCCGUCAACAGUUUCUUCAGCUCCUUCUUCCCAGCCAAACGGCGAGGUUAACGGCCAUUUAAGUCAGCCAAACAUGCCAGACGAAAAUGCAAGCUCCCCCGCGGCCAAUGCCGACGGACUAGAGAAGAAGCAGGAAGCGGGCGCCGAAAGUAUGACCCCAAAAACAGACGCAACCCCAGCUUCCUUGUCCACCGCAGACAACGAUUCGAAGAAGCCGCUCUGCAAGAAACACGGAGUUGUUCAUGAGAUCAAGUCAGAAAAGUCGAAAAUGAAGAAGAAAGCCGCGGAUUCAUCCUCCUCUGAGAGUGAGAGUGACGACGAUUCAUCCUCCGAAGCUUCUAGCUCUUCCUCUUCCUCUGAUACUUCCGAAUCGGAUUCUGACGAUUCUUCUGAUUAUGAUUCCCACAAAAAGUCGAAAAGAAAGAAGAAGAAGAAGAGGGCCAAGGAGCGCUCCAAAAAAUUGAAAUCGAAAAAGAAAGCUAGAAAAAUAGAGACUUCGUCUUCCGAAGACGACAGUGAUAGCGAUGGAGAUGUCUCUUCCGAAGAUGAAAAGUCUAAGAAAUCCAAGGCACGGGCGAAGAAGAAGGCCAGAAAAGCCAAGAAGCUUCAAGAAGAAGAGACAGAAGAUGGUGGAGAGGUAGACGAACCUGAAACACACAGCCGUGGUGCUCAACGGGGAAGAGGUGGUCUCCAGUUUCGGGGUGGAAUGCGUCCGCGUCGCAAGCUGAGACAGACUGGUUAUGUGGAUAACAAGCUUCUCGCCGAGCAAACAGCUCAGCAGGCAGCAUUGUUACAGCAGCAACAACGGGCUCUGCAGAAGGCAUCCAAGUCAAAGAAGCAGAAGCGUGCAUCCAAAGUUGCAUAUAAGCGAAUUGAUCAAUUAUGGGAUAACACCCUCCACAAUUACAAAUUGACAGAGACAGUCAAGGAUCCGGAUGCAAAUGAAUGGGACCAGUACAUCUUCACUGUGCGCCGUCGGUUUGACUGGGAUAACAAAUAUCUCGAAACACUUGUUGACAUUAAGAGUAAAGCUCUCCGAGAUGCGUUGGCCCAUGUCAUGGAUGGUGUUAAGAGCGUCAGUCUCGUUCAAGACACCCCGGCUGUUGACCCCAACAUGCUCUUCCUCUAUCUAGAAGAGUGCCGUGCAUACGUAAAGGAGCUCAAAGCAUCCGCAAAAACAGCAGAUAAGAAGAAGGUUAGAAGGCAAACAGAGUUGAAGGCGGCACACCUAAAGGUUCUGGUGAAGUACCUCGACAAGGAUUAUGCAGAAACGAAGAAAACAUUGUAUCCGCUACUGGAGAACAACACCAUUACUUUUGAUCUCCUCUGGGCUCUAUUCAAGCCGAAUACCGUUGUUUAUACUCCUACUUAUGGAGCUGUCGACGAACCCCGCGCGUUUAAGCUAGAAUAUGCCAGCAAAGAGAGUUCGUUCAUGAAGGGCCAAUGGUACUCCAUUGAAGGACGAUAUUUGGAGUACGACGGUAAAUCGUUUGGCAUGGGUACUAUGACUAGCGAAGUCGAUUUCUUUAAGGGCCCUCGAAAGAUCACUAGCCUUGCGUGCUAUCCUAUCCAGUACCAUCGGGAUGCUGAAGGGCUAAAGUCCAAACUCGUCGAGCGCGGCAAGAAAUUUGUCUCUCUUCAGGGAAUGAACUAUCGCUUCCAUCAAGGCAUGGCUUUUUUCAAGAAGCGUCGUUCGAUCAUUAAAGUAAACAUCAAUGGGCGUGUGAUGGUGGAUCCUGCGCUACAUCGCCGAAUCAAUCCGAACUACCCUAUUAGCACCGUUAAGCCGAAGGAUUCAGAUCUUCCAGAGGGGUCAAGUAGCGACAGCGAUGACGAUGGCUGCUGCUGUCUUGGUUCCUCAUCAGAGUCGGAACGGCUAAAUCGCGAUGAUACCCCUCGAACUAAACUCAAGGUUGUUCACGAUAAAGAGGGCAAACCUCAUCUGGUUGAAGUCGAGAUCGAUGAAAACGGCAAUGAGAUUAUGAAGGAAGAUAUUGACAAGAUCAAAGACGGUGCUUCCGGGAACGGCGACAUUGAUUUUACCGAAGAGGAGCUUUUGAUUGCAAGUCCCGUCGUUUUGGGAUUUGCUUUCAGCGAGAAGCUCUGGCUGGAAUUCACUAUCUCUGGAAUUAGAGAAAUUGAAUGGAACUCCGGCGCCUUCGAUUCUCUAGUGCUACCAGGGAAUCAAAAGUCAAUUGUUAAGGCUCUUGUGGAGUCUCACACUUUCCAUGCAGCGGAAAAUAUCGAAGAUGUUAUCCAAGGAAAAGGAAAGGGUCUUGUUGCUGUUUUGCACGGUCCUCCUGGUACUGGAAAGACUCUCACUGCAGAAGGCAUCGCAGAAUUACUUAAGCGUCCACUUUACAUGGUGAGCGCUGGUGAGCUUGGGACCGAUUCGCGCACUCUCGAGGGCGAGCUGAACAAGAUCCUUGACAUUGCCCACUCCUGGGGUGCGGUUCUUCUCCUGGAUGAAGCGGACGUAUUUUUGGAGAAGCGUACGAUCCAAGAUAUCCACCGGAAUGCUCUAGUUAGCAUUUUCUUGCGAUUACUUGAAUACUUCCAAGGCAUCCUGUUCCUCACUACUAACCGUGUGGAGACAUUCGACGAUGCAUUCCAGUCGCGUAUUCACGUUGCUUUGCGCUAUGGUGACCUGACGGCCAAAGCUAAGCGUGCUGUCUGGAAGAUGUUCCUUGAUAAGGUUCGCACGAAGGAGGGCCUUGAGGUGGUUAAGUUUACGGACAAGGACUAUGAUACUCUUGCCAGGCAUGCCCUAAACGGCCGACAGAUUAAGAACUCCGUUCGAACUGCGCAGGCUCUUGCCCUUAACGAACAGACUGCUUUGUCCAUGGAGCAUAUCAACCGUGUUCUAGACGUGGCUGAAACCUUUGAACAGGAUCUCAAGGGCGGAACCGGAUACAUGGAUGCCAUGCGAAGCUACACCUAAAUUAACCCCUCCAAUCGCUUUCACAUUUGCACAGAGCUUCAUCAUAAGAUCCAAUCACUUGAACCAGCGUGUGUCUUUGAUCCUUGCAUUAGAGUAUUUGAAUUCGACAUUUCUUUUCAAUCUCCUCUCAGCAUGAUCACUGCGCCUGGGGCUCUCUCUGGAAUCCGUGUUCAUAUUUCUCCGUGCCCUUCCCUUCAUCCCGUUCGACUCAUUAUUGACAAGAUGAAUUUAAUGCCAAGCUGCUUUACCCAUGCUCUAAUGACUGGGUUUUCCUGUUCCGUCCGCGUGAUCUUUAUUUUACCUUGUUAUUUCGUGAUGUUUUCUUUCUAUGAUGUUCUAUUCAUGAUAUGCCUUGACUUUCUGCUUGCUUGCCUCCUUUGCUGUGUGCUCUGUAGUUUGCUUGGGGAUAUGGAUUGGGAAUGGAACGGAGAAAUGGGGAACUUUCGAAUGUAUUAGGGAUUCAUUUUCUUUUUUUUUUUUUUUUGGAGAACUGAUUUUUGUUCUCUUGCCCCCUUUUUUCUUAUUAAUAUGGCUGCUUUCGAGACAUGUGAUUGUUGUUUGCUGAUGUUGACGUGGGUUAUGACGAAGAUGCUUAUCCCUUAAUCUGAAGCAUAAUAAUAUAAUCUCAUUCUGCGGUUGCU